AUGGAGACCCAAAAAAUUAGAGUUACUACCAUUGCAUAUUACAGUCGAGAUUCUGAAAUGAACGUUAUUCCUGAUUCACGACCCAAGACGCUCAACAAGAACAGUACGUACUUUGAUCGCCCUUAUCAGACACUUCCGAGUCUAGACGGAGAAUUCGACGAUCUCGGCGGCGGGGAGUUCGACUUGGAAUCAUUUCUUCAGUUCAUUCGUCAGAAGGAUUUAUACGAGGGCAAUUGUAACAAGCCAGAUUUCGUAACAAACAAGAAUCUUCUAGCAACAAUCGCCUCAUUUGUUCCUCCUACCGAAAGCAGUGGAUCUGUUCAACAAAAGGAAAAUAUUCAAAUUCUUGUUGUCCGAGUUGGUGGUGUGUAUUAUUUGGCAAAAUUGUCAAAGGAGAACAAGAAACACCGAUUAUUUGAUUGCUCAUUUGUCUUUGAGCACAUCCUUACAAGAGCUACAGAAGAUGAGAUGCCAAUGGCGAACGGGAUCGUGAAUAAGGGUGUGUUCAAGAUGGAAGUUCCACUUGGAGACGGCACGUUCUGCACAGUUUUAUACACAGGAGAACUGGAUGCGGUUGACGACAGGAAUAAUCAUGUUGAGUUGAAGUUAUUCGAGGGAGGACUCACUGAGCAUGUUUGGAAACGGAGGAGUCAAUGGAUGUUUUGGCAGUCAUUCUUCUCGAACGUCUUGACACUGAUCAUUGGUUCAAGAAAUCAUCCGAGUCUAUUGGAGAUAACUGAUGCGAAAUUCGAUUGGCCGACUAACGUUCUAUACGAUAUCGAAACCCGGAGCAGAGAAGAAAUUCUUGAAGAAGUUGCUAAGAGAUUUGAAGGCACUGAAGACCAUUGGACGAUUGAGGAUGGACAGAAGCGACUGCAGUCAUUCUUUAAUUUGAUCAAAAACUCAGUGAAAAAAGACAGAGACUGCUAUGUUAUUACAAAUGACGGAAGCCAGUGGAAGAUUGAACAGGACCAUCAGAAGUUGGCAGGAACGUUCCGACACGUGGUCGAGCACAUUUUGAAGAGUAAGGGCAAGAUGGAUAUAAAUGGGAACAUAUCGUAUCUUCCUGUACGGGAGGAAUGGGAGAGAUCCCUCAUCGUGAAGUAUCUCUCUGAAAACACCGAGAGUGACGAGACAAAGGCGAAGAAGAUAGUUGAUCGCCUUGGUAGUGGAAUCGGACCCGAGGUUGCAGCGGUACGUUGCAUUGGCCAACCAAGACAUCUCCAAAUUGUGGUGAAUAGUAUUUAUCAACAGAGAAGGUGCUUACGAAAUGUACACAAAAUGAAGACAUCAGAGUUCAACGGAUUUUAUAUCGAGCGGUUUAUUUCAUGGGAAGAACGAAAAGCUUUUCACGAAGACCAAAGGAAUAUGGCUAGAAACUGA